UUUAUUUCAUCUGUACAAACAAAUGAAAUCAAGACAUUAUUCGUUUCAAAAUCCGGACUUGAAAAAUCCAAAAAAUUAAUUGAUGAUUAUAAUUCUGAAAAAUUAAAAGAUGUAAAUUCAGAAAUUCACCCAGACACUGAUGAACCAAUAUUUUUACCAUUUAGGAUGUCAUACUUUGUACCGACCAAUCUUGUUGUUGUCGCUGGUAUGUUAAUGCCAAAUCCUAGUAUGAAAAGCAUUAUAUUCUGGCAAUGGGCUAAUCAAAGUAUUAACGUUGCUAUAAAUUAUA